AAAGGAGAGGUGGUUCUCUUGGCUUGGAAGCGAUCUGAAGCCACUUGUUAGCUGUCUGUGAUGUAGGGGCAAAAUGCAUGAUAGCAAUUGUGUGGAGAAAGCCUGUGUGCCGGUGGAAUUGCAGAGAAACCCAAUAACUAGAAGAAAAUCCCAUCAAAUACCGCCAGAGUGCCUUGAAGAUGCAUGCCCAGAAAACUGGAUUGGUUUCCAAAGAAAGUGUUUCUAUUUUUCUGAUGACAUCAAAAAUUGGACAUUCAGCCAGAGGUUUUGUGUCUCACAUGGUGCUGAUCUUGUUCAGAUUGAAACCCUCCAGGAACUGGGUUUCCUGUUGCGGUAUAAAGGCCCCUCUGACCACUGGAUUGGGCUCAGCAGAGAAGAAGGCCAACCAUGGAAAUGGAUAAAUGGCACUGAAUGGACCAGCUGUUUUCCUAUCAGAGGAGGAGGCGAGUGUGCCUAUUUGAAUGACAACGGUGCCAGUAGUGCUAGGCACUACACGGAGAGAAAGUGGAUCUGUGCCAAAGAGGACACAUACACCAAGAUCAGGAGGCAAAAUGCAACGUAACUCUUCCCUUGUGAAUUGCACUCCUUCCCCAAUGUGUCUUAGCUCUGACACUGUGGAGCCUGCUGCGGAUUCUCUCUCUUGCUCCCCAUCAGAAAGAAACAUUAUAAAAAAUGAGCACCUGGCUGGGGCGCCUGGGUGGCGCAGUCGGUUAAACCUCCGACUUCAGCCAGGUCAGGAUCUCGCGGUCCGUGAGUUCGAGCCCCGCCUCGGGCUCUGGACUGAUGGCUCAGAGCCUGGAGCCUGUUUCCGAUUCUGUGUCUCCCUCUCUCUCUGCCCCUCCCCCGUUCAUGCUCUGUCUCUCUCUGUCCCAAAAAUAAAUAAAAAACGUUGAAAAAAAAAAUUAAAAAAAAAAAAUGAGCACCUGGAGAGACUGCUUUGUAUAUAAUUGCUUUGUAUCCAGGUGCUGUUGUGUUAAUCAACUUUGUAACUUUUCUCCGAAAACCCGGA